GCACGGAAUAGGGAAGGGGGUCAUGUGAGUUAUCGGAUUCAAAACAUCCUCGGCUGGCUACUUCUUUCCUGUUACCCAAUUAACCGAAGUUGCUUCUGAAAGAGUGAGUACACUUGUGCAUCCACUCAAAUAGAACAUACGAAUUUAUUUCGGACUCAGUAUGGAACCAGACGUUGUAUAAGUUACUCUCACAGGAAACCUUGUCAGUCACAACCCUGCUCCUACAGGUCAGCACUUAUGCCUUCCAUGGAAGGGUGAGAGAGAGGCAUCCUCUGUGCUGAUAGUGAGGAGGGAGUGGGACGACAGCAGGACAGUGUGACUCUCCUGUCUGUCAGGUCUGAAGAGUAGGUCACCAUGGAGUGGCUAGUGUCGGCUGUAGAGAAGGACCUAGGGGUGGACCGUCGGCAGCUAGGUCCAGGGCCCCGGCCUCAAGAGCUGGUGGCCCUGGUCCCCACCCGCUGGGUGAUGGGCCUAAGGGAGAGGAGGGUCACCCGUUGUGCCCGUUCAGAGAGCGCUAGUGAAGCAGAGAUUCGCACUUACCUCCAGUGCUCCCUUGUGAAGCUGCCUCCUGGCUGGACCCGAGUGUGCAUCCAGGGCCUAAGGAAGAUCAAGCUGAGCUACAGGCUGACAAGGGACCCAGGCUGCCAACUAGUCUCCCAGGAUUCUUUCAUGAAGACCAUGCAGGGUGUAUCACAACGUAAUUUCAGAAAUCUGUGGUGCGAUGCUCAUCACAGCCACGUGCAGCCCUAUUCAGGGGCUACAGAGCAGAUGCAUGUAGCAGCCAUAGAUGCGGUGCGCCAAGCGCUGCAGAAGCUCUUCUGCUCAACAUUUGUCUCCAUCCCUUUGUCGCCAUCCCUCUCCCCUGCCAGAGAUAAGGACAAAGACAACCCAUUAUCCCCAAGCAGCUCCUCCUCUAAGCACCCCUCAGACCAACUGUGUCCUAACGUCCUCCCUGCUGAGUGCCUACUAGAGUCAGCAGAGAUGCUCUACGUGGUUCUCCCAUACACCCAGUACUCACUCCACGACAUCGUCACCUACAGCCCAGCCAAGCUGGCCAACAGCCAUGCCAAAGUGCUGUUCAUCCUCUACCAAUUACUGAUCGCGUUGCGGGCCUGUCAGGCAUCAGGGCUGUCCUGUGGAGAGCUCUCCCUGCAGGACAUAGCGGUGGACGAACAGCUCUGCAGCCGCCUCAAGGUCACCCUGGCCCAUUAUGAAGUGCUGGGGGACGACAGAGAGGCUGAAUGCUAUGUUACUGAGGGACAAGUGCCAAGAAGCAUCAAGGCGAGGGACCAGGGCCAAGGUGUGUACAGUGACCGUGAUAAGAGGCUGUGCAGAGAUUGUUUUGAUGAGCUCAAGUCCUUGGUCCUGGACUGGGUCCAUGGUAGAGUCAGCAACUUCCGCUACCUGAUGGAGCUGAACCGGUUAGCUGGACGGAGGGAGGGAGACCCUAACUACCACCCGGUCCUGCCCUGGGUGGUGGACUUCACUGUGCCAUAUGGGAGGUUCCGUGACCUCAGGCGGUCCAAGUUCAGGCUGAAUAAAGGAGACAAACAGCUGGACUUUACCUAUGAGAUGACCAAAGAAGCCCUUGCAGCAGCGGUGGCUAAUGGAGGUGGGGCAGUCAGUAUUAUAGGAGACCUGGGUCUGGGUGGAUCUGUAGGUGCCGGUGGUUCAGGGCAGUCUGAACACCUACACGUGCCCCAUCACAUCUCAGACGUGUUGUCAGACAUCACCUACUAUGUCUACAGGGCCCGGCAGACACCCAAGUCAGUGCUGUGCAGCCACGUCAGGUCUCAGUGGGAACCGAACGAAUACCCAGCCAGUAUGGAACGCAUCCAGAGCUGGACCCCGGAUGAGUGUAUCCCAGAGUUCUACACAGAUCCCUCCAUAUUCCGCUCCAUCCACCCUGACAUGCCAGAUCUGGAAGUUCCCACGUGGUGUAACUCCUGUGAGGAGUUCAUUGAGGUUCACAGAUGCCUCCUGGAGAGCCGAGAGGUGUCUCAGCAGCUGCACUACUGGAUAGACCUGACGUUCGGCUACAAGCUGUCCGGUAAAGAAGCCGUCAAGGCCAAGAAUGUGUGCCUGCACCUGGUGGACAACCACACCCAUCUGACCAGCUACGGGGUGGUCCAGCUGUUUGACCAGCCCCACCCGCCCCGCCUUGCACCUUACCAGUACUCGCCACCUGAACCCCCUCUCCUGGGCCCCGCAACUCUCAACGUGCCACCUCUACAGAUCCCACCGCUAGAUGCCAUGGUGGACGGAAUGGUCCCAGAGGCCAUGGGGUGUGAGUCCAGUGGCUGGACCAUGGUGGACCGAGAUGAAGAGCUAGAACAAGGUAUGGAGGCUCUGGACUCACUCAGUGGAGGGAUCUCUACUGGCACCUCCACUACCUCCUCAGUUCCUCUACCUCUCAUCAGCACUGCAAGGUCUGGGGGGAAGACUGGAGGAGAGCACCCAGCCAUGGUGGUGUCCCAGUCUCCCAGCUCUUUCCCUGGGGAGGGGACAGCAGGUAAUGCCACCAGUGCCCUGGGCUCUGGCAUACGCAGUGCCAUGCUACAGAGAGGGGGCAUCAUAAACAAGAAGCAUGGAGAGGGGAGUUUGAGUGGUGCCACCAACACAGAGGACUUGAAGAUCACCCUGCCUGAGGGCUUCAGCCCCCUUCAACCUCUGGAAGAGCUGGAGAAACUCGACAACUUCCUGGUGAAGAGCCUGCAUGCACAAGUCUGGCACCAGUCUGACUCCAGGAAGGAGAGGACAGGACCUCCACAAUGUCUCCCCUCGCUAACAGAACUCUACCAGAGGGACAUGCAGGCUCUUGGCGUCCUCAUAGCAGAGAUCUUCUACUCGUCUAAACUGCGGGGUGUGAAACCAGGCACUCCCCUGAGUGAGCGCUUCCAGGCUGUGAUAAAGCUAUGUUCGGCCAGCCUGCGUGACGUGCCCCUGCCACUGCAUCAUGCUCUGGAGACACUGCUACAUCUACGCCAGCACUCCUCCAAAGCCAAAGUAGAGAAACCAUGUGGUCCUCGACCUCUUCUUUUUAAAUACGACCCCAUUUAUGAGGGUCUCCCGCCCCCAAACCCCUGUCAGUUACUGAGCCCCAUCCUCUCCCCAUUGCCUUUCCCCACAUAUUUCCCUGCCCUCCACCAUUUCAUCUACUCCUACCAUUCCAAGAUGGAGACCACCUGCAGCCUUCAAGGUCGCGAUGUGGUCUUCCACCUAUGGCAGCAGCUGGAGACACUGUUACAGGGAGUCAUCACAGCUGAGGGGUUGGAGAUCCUCCUGCCCUUUGUGCUGGCGCUCAUGCUAGAGGAGUCUACUGCUGUGUAUGCUGCCUGGUACCUGUUUGAGCCCAUCUCUAGGGUACUCGGGCCUCGAAACGCAGCCAAGUAUCUCCUGAAGCCCUUGGUCAGUGUGUAUGAGAACCCGCGGUGUCUCAGAGGUCGCUUCUACCUCUACACAGACUGCUUUGUUCUGCAGUUGAUCGUCAGACUGGGUCUGCAGGCCUUCCUGUCCAGCCUCCUGCCACACGUGCUCCAGAUCAUAUCUGGCUUCGAGAGCUGCAGCUCGGGCUCUGAGCCCCAAUGGGAGGCCAGCAAAGGCCUGAGGGGAGGGGCAUGUGACCUAGGAGAGGAGGAGGAGGACUACCAGGAAGGCAGGCCGUCCUCAGGCUCUGUGAGUGGGAAGGUGGGAGGGGGAAGUGGAGGGGCUGGGGGUGUAGGAGUGGGGGGAGACCCAGGGCUGGUGGACUACUCCUCAGGUAUCAGCCUCAAUGACCAGGUGUUCCUCUCAGAGGGGGAGGACUUCCAGAAUGGCUUCUAUGUCAACAAUGGAGCAGGGGGAGCCACUGGGGGGAAACUGCAGAGCCAGAACUCAGCAGCAGGAGGCAAUGAGCAGGACCAGGAGUCUUUGAGCGUGGGGAGACUGAGCGACAAGAGCAGCACUAGCGAGGUCUCUAUCGGAGACGCCGACUCCACUCGGGACCGAGCCAGUCUGAAGUCAGCUGACAGCAGCCAGGACCUGAAGCAGGCCAGUGAGGGAGAGGAGGGAGGGGAGCUGGAGGAGGAGACUGAGGAGGGGAAGGAGAGAGGGACAGGGGAGGGCAGUGGUCCCAGCCUAGAACUGACUCUAUCUGGCUGCACAGAGGAGACAGUGGCCACCCUGGAGGGAGAGUUUGUCAAUGGCAUGGAGCUGGAGGACGCACAGAAAGACAUGGUGGAGGAUGAGCAUGACUCUUCAGAGGAUUCGGAGGAGAAAGAGCACAAGAUCCUUCUAGAUACGGUCUGCAAGACAGUUAGAUGGCUGUCUGCAAAGCUUGGACCAACAGUGACGUCUCGAUAUGUGGCCAGGAAUCUGCUCCGGCUGCUCACCACCUGCUACAUUGGCCCGGAGAAGCACCAGUUUGUGGCUCCGGUGGUGUCGGAGGAGAGCAGCCUGGAGAGUGUUGGGAUGGGCAGUGUGUAUGAGAAGAAGCCUGUGGUUGGAGACCAGACAGCAGGACCAGUUCUGGACUGUCUCAUCUACAUCGCACACCUCUAUGGAGAGCCUGUACUCACCUACCAGUACCUGCCCUACAUUGGAUACCUGGUGUCUCCCCCUGUGUCCUGUCGUCUGAACACCCGUAAGGAGGCAGGUCUGCUGGGUGCCGUGGUUCUGACCCAGAAGAUCAUUGUGUUUCUGUCGGACUCCACCCUCAUGGACAUGCUGAUGAAGAUCAACCAGGAUGUUCUGCUGCCCCUGCUGGACCUGCUCACCUCACCCAGGAUGGGGUUCCCCAGUGGAGUGCAGACACGUUCGGCUGUGUGUCUGAAGACCCUCAGCCUAAUGGCACUCAUCUGUCUGCGCAUCGGCAGGGAGAUGGUGCAGCAACACAUGGUAGAAACCCUGAAACGCUUCUUCACAGUCUUCUCCCUGCUGCAGUGCCUACAGGGACAGAUGGAGAGCGCCCCCCGCAGGGAGGUGGGAGAAUACAUCUUGUUGGAUGUGCGUACGCCGGACGGGUCAGAGGUGACGUGUGAGCUGGGGGUUCUGGAGGAACUGCAGGCUGUGUUUAACCCUGAGAUGGCAUACGCCUCCUACAUCCCCUUCUACUGCCUCAUAGGCGAUGUAGCGAUCCGUAAGCUGGUUUCCAACCACGAGCUGGUCUGGAGUUUGGCCCAGUCCUACCACUCCAGGGUGAGCCCUGGCAGUCCUAAUGCCAACCCCCCAGCAGGGUCCAAGGACAGGUUAGAAAUGCCCCCUACCACCUGCUCCAUUGGCCCCUCCCCAGGUCUGGGACGCCAUGUGGGCCGCAGCCCCUUCCCUGCCCCCUACAGCUCCUCCACACCCCUGGGCUCAGACACCCUCCCAGAGUCAGGCACCUUUGGCAGCCAUCUGGUGGGCAACCGCAUCCAGGUGGCCCGUGACUCUGAGCCAGGGUGUGGGAGCCCCAACCUGGGCUCGUUAGACAACUGGGGCCACCCCCGGCCUAGUCAUACUCAGCCUGUCAUCACAUCUGCCUCCACUUUCACCACUCCAUCCCUGGGCCCCUCCUUCUCCUCUUACUCCUGGAUGGUGGGUCCUACCCCCGAGGACAGCGCUCUGAAGCAAGAGCUCCCUCGCAGUGGCCGUUCCCUGCAGGGCAACUGGCUGGCCUACUGGCAGUAUGAGAUUGGUCUCAAUCAGCAGGAUCCCCACUUCCACUUCCACCAGAUCCGCCUGCAGAGCUUCCUGGGCCAUUCGGGCGCUGCUAAGUGUUUGGCACCACUGGCUGGAGAGGACUACUUUCUGUCUGGCAGCAAGGACAAGACGGUGAAGCUGUGGCCCCUCUAUAACCACGGCGACGGGACACGGGAGGUGGAGCCAAGGUUGACCUACACGGAUCAUAAGAAGUCUGUGUUCUAUGUUGGCCAACUGGAGGCGCUCCAGGAGGUGGUCAGCUGUGACGGCACCGUGCACCUCUGGGACCAGUUCACAGGUAAACAGAUCCGCUCCUAUGAGGCCCUGGAUGGAAAGAACCCCAUCACAGCAGUGACCACCAUGCCUGCUCCUCACUGUAGUGUGGUGUUUGGCAGUGCAGACUCUGUCCUCCGCUUCAUCGACCCACGCAAACCUGGCCUGCAGCAUGAGUUCCGGCUGGCGUACAACAACGUGAGUGCCGGUCUGAUCCGCUACCUGGCCGUAAGCCCUGGAGGGCGCACCGUGGCUGCAGGCUUCUCCUCUGGUUUCAUCGUGCUGCUAGAUGCACGCACAGGCCUGGUGCUGAGAGGCUGGCCCGCUCACGAGGGAGACAUCCUGCAGAUUAAGGCUGCUGGGGGAAAUCUGAUCAUCAGUUCGUCCACUGACCACACUCUGACCGUGUGGAAGGAUCUGGAGCACAAGCCCCUCCACCAGUACAAGUGUCCCUCUGACCCGGUCCAUGCCUUCGACCUGUACGGGGCAGAGAUCGUUGCAGGAACCUUGGCCAACAAGAUAGGGGUGUACUCCAUGAUGAACAUCUCUGCCAGCCCGGCCAGCAGCACCAAGCUUAGCUCAGAGAACUUCCGUGGGACCCUCACCAGCCUGGCUGUGCUGCCCACCAAGAGGCUCCUGCUGCUGGGUUCAGAGAACGGGGCCAUCAGGCUGCUAGCUUAGGGCUAACACAUAACGCACUGGCUCAGCUAGCUAUAGAUUCUGCUGUUGACGUUUGCUGAAGGUGUCCUAUUCCUAAAGCCUUUUACCUGUAUCCUGAGCCUCUCAGCUCCUCCCUGUGUGGGAUCGAGGCUAGACCCCCACUGAUGCAAGUGGUGGGGUCCUCAAAACAUCCUUUUACAAGGGUGAGGGAGAGAGGAGCACCAAGAGUAGUUAUGAGCCUCUAACUGAGAGCACUUUGCUUGUCUUCUCUGCUGUAGUCAACGACCAAAAUAAAGAUGAAGUGUUAUGUCACUGUCGAGGAUAGAUCUACCGUACGGGGCAACGAAACACUUGAUUAUGACCAUCUAUAGAUCUUAUAUUAUGAAGAAGAUUCUUAUCUGUGACUAGGUCAAUAUUCUGUUCAAAAGAAUGGAUCUGAGGAACUGCUCAGGAAGGUGGAGCCUAAAAUGACUCGGAUGUAGUGUUUGCCCUUUCCAAAUAGAUGCAUACCUACCAACCAAAAAGACUGACAUUUCACACACCCAAACAUACCAUCAUUCUCUCCCUGACAUUAGAUCGCACCAGAUGCACUGAAUAACUAUGCAGUAUUCGUAGAUAAAAUAAAUAAAAAUGUAUGUAUGUUUGCCAUGUCUUUCUAAAGCAGUAAUGCUUUCUCUCACCUUUUAUUUCAUUUAGAAAAAAAUGUAAACCUACACAAGACCUUUUCAUUUGACAGUGUGCAUUUUCUCCAGCUUAAGGCUUGACGAGCGGGACGGCGGUCACAUUGUGAUUCUUCAACCUGUUAUUGCUGUGUGCCAAGGUCACAUGGUCAAAUCCUACUGCACAAUAAGGAGCUCCAUUAUCAAGCUAUUCUCAUAGAUCACAUUUUAAGAUUAUUAUUUUACAAUGAAUCAGUGGUUUAAUAUUAGUGUUAUUUCUUUUGAAAAAACCUAAACCAUGUUUGCCGAAAGAUUAAACUGUUGAUAGAAAUAAUCAGUUUGUGUGAUCUAGGCCUAAUUAAAGAAUGUUGACUUGAUGUAAUGUAUCAUGAUGAAACCAACUCAGACAUUAAGCAAGCGAUGUGUUUGGACUCUUGUCCAUAACAUAGACUAAUGAGCAUAGCCAAGACACAAUUUACUUUUAUAAUGUAAUAAGUAUGCCUUGUAUGUAAUCACAAAUUGGCAGUGUAAGAAAAGAAUGGCAAGAAAAAGCCAUUAAAAAAAAAAAAAAUUAUUUGUGAUCGAAACUAACUCCUGAUGUAUUUUCAGUACUUAGGCGGAGGCAUUUGUUAUCUGACCGAAUUUUGUAUGUACCUUGUUAUCCUGUUGCCAAUGUUUUCACUCUUGUUCUUGGUCAACCUUCAAGACUCUGCUCACAAGGGUGUCUAUGCUCUUCUUCACUUUUAUGACGUGCAUUACCAUCCUUGACCUCAACACAGUCCUAUGGUUGAUUUUAGGAGAGAAAGGUCAACCUUGACUCAUCCAUUUGUUUAACAGGCCACAAGUGUCACCAUGUUCCCACGAGGCUCGCUCACUCAGAUUUUUUUUAUUUUAUGUUUCCUGUGACUUUUCUAAUAAUAAAACAUGUACUUUGUUUUCAAAAGGAAUCAAGUACCACCUUGACGUUCAGAAAAAGGUCAUACUAAUGUCCAUUACAACAUUUUGAUGAGAAGUACACAAAGUUCUUAUUUUAUUUAACAGGUUUAAUAAAAUAUUACCUACACGAUG